AUGUUACUUUCCAUGAUCUCGCCAACCACUCUGCUUUGUCUUGUCCUUACAUCUUACCUUGUGGUGCAUGUUUCGAGCUCGAUGAUAUUAAGAGGUGUUGCUUCUUCUCAGAUCGUCUCUAAACCCAUGUCCACCACCAAACAAAACAACAACGGUUAUUGCUGUCUUCCAUCUCAUGGUUCUUUUAGUUCAAUUCGAGUUGCAUCGUACAAUCAAAAACCAUUCAGUGUGUCCAAAGAGAUCCUUUACUUUGAAUUUAGCACUCGUAGUCAACCACGCUUGAGAAAAGAUGUUUAUGUGAACGAUGGAAUGACCUUAGACUCUUCAACCAUCGAAUUCAUUGAUCAAAAUGUACUUUAUUCGUACUACUGGAAAGCCAAUCGAACGGAUUGCAUAUGUCGUUCCUUAUACAAUGGAGGUUUGGAACAAUGUUUUGGAGGAAAUAACAACGAUUGGAACGUCCAGCUCUUGAAUGUCUUUGGAAUGAAUGUGACUCGUUUAUAUCUUACCAAUCCCAAUACUGGAGAGAAUCAUGACAAUUGGUUCAUCUCGAAUAGUGAAAAGAUGGGAAAGAAUGAAUGCUUUCCGUUUCGUUCGCUAAUCUUUGCAGAUGGGCCAAUAAGUGCUGGCGGUUAUUAUGUGGAUGAGAGUAAUUUCUAUAAUUUUGAGACGAGUAAGGUCGAUCCAUCAUUAUUUGAUUUACCCAACAAAUGUAUUCAUGUCAAUUGUAAACCAUUUUAA